UGUAGUGGUCAUGGCCGCUGUCAUCUGUAUUUUCGGGCGUUCGAAGGAAGGCGUUACCGCGUCGUCGUCGCAUCAGGUAAUUUAGAGCGCGGGCGGCUGGAUCCGUUAAUUGAGUCAGGCUGCGGAAUCGCCGAAGCGAGCAUGACACGACGACAUCGUCCCUGACUGCGGCGUCGAUCGGCCGAAUGCCAUUGGAACGCUAUGCCACUCUUCAGAAGGAAGCCAGACAAACCACAAGACCCGGGUGAGAUUGGGGGUGAGGUGUCCGGUCGGCAGGUGUCGAGACAUGGCUCCCAGGCCAGCCUCCAUGCUCCCAACGGCACUGUUCCUGCCGACGCGAGCAUGCUCGAGGAUGCCGCACCCCCGCCACCAUCUCCCCUGCAGUCUGCGGAGGAAGAGUACAAGCCAAACCUGUGUGUCCGGACCAAGUCUCGCCUCUCGAAAACCCUCGACGAGGUACUGCAGGACGCCGGGGCACUUGCCUACUUCAUCCAGUUUGCCGAGGAGCAAGGAGCCCGACCUCUGGUCAAAUUCUGGAUGGAGGCCCAGAGCUUCCAUGCCUCGUGCCUCCUCCGCCGGUCCUCGGCGUCGUGCCGAGCCUCGAACAAGGACUCUCCGCUGCCCAACGGAACACCAGCGAAUGGAGAGAAGAUCGGAAGGGAACUAGACGGAGAGCAGCAUUCGGCAGGUGACUGCCAGCCCGUGGGUCGCUGCGAUGCGGACAAGUGCCUCAAAGCAACGGAAUGUGGGAUUCCUCGCUCGCAGGCUGCGGCCAGCCCUUUUGGUAAUGGGCUCAAUGAGGAGGUGGCUCGCUGCCUGAGUAACAAGCAGCAGACGUGUGAAAGUUCCCCGAUGCCUGGACUCCCGUGCCUAGGUUCCCGAAAGAACCCGUGCAAAAGUUCGCAUAGCCAGUGUCUUUCGUCGAGUCCACGCUUGGGUGCAAUGGCAGCACUGGUGCCGUGUGGAACAGACCCCUUGCAAGCUGCAAACUCCUUGCCUGAGGAUUCGCCACAAGCCGUCACAGGAGGGUCCGUUGUGCACCCGUCAUCUGUGCAUUGCACCUGCCUCCAGGAGCAGGACUGUGCACCGAGUGUUGCCACAAAGGGGGGGAGUGCGGGUGUAAUGCCCUGUGGGUCAGUAGUGCAACCGGCAGGUGGUGAGGGGGGUGAAGCUGGUGGUCACAGGAGCAAUGCGAGUGGGACAAACUUGAGGACAUUGUUUACAUGCAAUCUGAAUGGUGCACCGCCAGUGGUACAGACGUCUUCGCAGGAAGGCAACAAAGUUGACAUGACAAGGGAGACCCUUGACAGCCCGGACAUCUCAACGAGGCCAAUGGCAGGACGGCGGGACAGCCUGAGUCAAGAUGCCAUGCACAUAUACAACACGUACAUUGCUCAAAACGCACCACUUCCAAUCGGGGUUCCAGACGACCUGCGGAACCGCAUUCAAGAUUCUGUGUCUCGAAAUCCAGUUGAGCCAGAAUGCUUCUUUGAGGCACAGCAGUUUGCAGUAACCCAGAUGGAGAAAGACUUGUACCCAAACUUCCUGCGGAGCCCAUACCUCUGCAAGCACCAGGUGGACGUGCUCACAAGUGGCAACGUGUCGCUGGCCGACAUACUGUACAAUGACUCAGCGCUUUUCUACUUCAUGGAGUUCAUGGAGCAGGAGCAGAGCCGACACCUGGUGGACUUUCUGCUCAUGGCGGACAACUUUCGUAACCAUCUGCUGGCUGAGGGGAGCUGCAACCCGACGCAGGCCCAGGACGAUGCCAUGGUCAUCUACGACAAGUACUUCUCGCUGCAGGCGACCAGCCCCCUGGGCUUCAGCGAUGCGGUGCGUCUGGAGGUGGAGCAGAAUAUCUGCCGUGAGGAAGGUCCUCUGCCCUCGUGCUUCGAGAAGCCUGUUAUGGUGCUUCUGCAGUACCUCGAGAAGAACCACCUGAAGGCCUUCCUGUCGAGCCAGCUGUACGUGAAGUACAUCUCCGAGUGCAUUGUCACCAUUCAGACGGCACAGAGUGACACGGACUCCUUGCGGCGAAAGAAACGCUCAGGCAGUGACAGCAGCAGCAGCGACCUGUCGUCAUUGGCCUCCCAGCCGUCCGCGGCGCCCACAACCAACACGCUGCUGGCCGUGGAUGGCAGUGGCAAGUGGCUGCCCGGCACCCCAAGCACCCGCCGCAUAUUGCGCCACAUCGAGGGCAGUGACAUGAAGAUAGACUCGGGCCAGUUCAACCCGGACGCCCUCUGGAAGCGCAGUCUGGCUGGGAAGCUCCAGAUGGCACACGUUGACCACUUGGGCAAGCUCACAACGGAGUUCGAGCCAGAGCCAGACAGAAAGACAAGUUCUAACCUCACCAAAGCAUUCAGAAAGCUAGUCAACUGGGAAGCAGACAAGACUGAAGAAGACAUGGCAUGGCAGGUUGCCGAAAUGAUAGUCAAGGACAUCUGCAGCAUCACGCUGUGUCCCGAUGCCACCUCGCAGGACGUCGGAUAGGUCACACUUUGUCACAUUAUGCAAGUAGGCUUUGUUGUUUUUCUCCCUCUACCUCGGUGCUUCCACACAGCGUCGACGUUGAGCAAAGAGUGCCAAGACCAGGGUGGACCUCAGUGAGCAGCCCUUCGUUGGGGAAAGAACCCUGGUGUGUGCCGUCCCAGCCCCAAAAGAGCGGAUGGCCCCUGCAAUGAUACAGGAAAGACUCGCAGGGCUUAGGCGAGCUACAGCCCGGCCACCAACACAAUAAGGGACACACGUGCCUGGCGCCACCAGCCUGCGCUGCCUGUCGAUGUGAUAACGAGCUGGCGCUCGGCCACAAUGAGGACGGCGGAUCAAGAUUGUUUUGUCCCGCCAGCUUAUCUCGACAGCAGACUGGCUUGCGUGCUUCAAUAAACUCCCGCCUCUCUCCCUUUUUUUUUACUGUUA